GGAGGGUACUCUUCGGAGCACACCACCGACACAUCAUCUUCGCAACUUUCGUUCUCUGCCAAGGCCGAGCCCAUGGCCUUGAGAUCUUUGACGGAUCAUGCCGCACAUCACUGUUGGCAGCGUCUCAUAUUGUGGUAAAUAUCUUGGAAUAAGAGUGUAAGAUAGAUAAUAGAGUCAGAAUCGAGGUGGUGAUGGUAGAAGGCAUACAUAUAUUGGAGGCGAAAGUUGGACUGGGAAUGUCAGAUGUCUUCAAGUUCAUAUUCGACCAAUCAGAUGUGAGAGCUGAAGGCGUCUCAGAAUGGGACAGGGACCCCUGCAGGGUCUUGGCAGGCUGGGGAGAGCUCUGAAGCUCGCCAUUGGCUGCCCUAAACACAGGUGGCACCUUGACGGCUGGAAGCCGCAAGCUGGCAUUUGGCGUCCAUGAAUUCUGGAUUAUCACUUCUCAUCCCAUCCCAUAUACUUCUCUGCUGUCCUGUCAUGUUGUCUGAAACAUAGCGAAACAAUUUUGUCUUUUACUUUCCCCUCUUCCGCACCAUAUUGUCUGCCCGCCAUGUCCGAACCCGACACCGGCGCAAACGCCGCGAGAACAGCUCACAGCUACAAGCAGCUGAAGGAGGAUUUCGUGUCCAACUUGUCAGGCGGUUCGGUGAUAGAGGUAGCUCAAGUUUGCGCCGUAGCACCAGUAGUAACCCUCCUCUGGUCCGUCCUCCAAUCCCGCCAAUCCUUCUUCAAACCCUAUACCCCCCUCGCCUUCGUAAUCGACUACCUCCUCAACGUCGGCGCCCUCCUCCUCUCAGUAACCCUCUACUCGAGCUCCCCAAUCCUCCUCAACAUCCUCCUCCUCACCGCCGCAGCCUUUGUCUACGCCGUUCCACCAUCCUCCUCCUCCUCCAAAAAGAAGCCAGCUAGACCCAGCAAUGCGAAAUCCUCCACCACCACCAACCCCCAAGGGCUUUCGGUGCUCUCCACAAAGCCCUUCCUGACAAACUACCGCGGCAACAUGCUAGUAGUGACCUGCAUCUGCAUCCUCGCCGUCGACUUCCGCCUCUUCCCCCGCCGCUUCGCCAAGGUCGAGACCUGGGGGACUUCCCUCAUGGACAUGGGCGUCGGGUCGUUUGUCUACUCUGCCGGCAUUGUCGCCUCUCGGCCUCUGCUAAAAGAGCGCGCAGAGGGCCAGACCACCCCCCUCGGCACAAGAUUGAUCAGGUCAUUCCGUCAUUCUUUGCCCCUUCUCGCCUUGGGAGUGGUCAGAUUACUCAGUGUCAAAGGGCUGGACUACGCGGAGCACGUGACCGAGUAUGGAGUUCACUGGAACUUUUUCUUCACUCUGGGUUUCCUGCCGCCGUUUGUGGCGCUUUUCCAGUCUGCGCUGGCGGUAGUGCCUUCGUAUGCGGGGUUGGCGGUGUUGUUGAGUGUAGGGUAUCAAACCGUUUUGGAGACGACGGAGCUCAAAGGAUGGAUUUUGGUUGGGGUGAGGGACAGUUUGCUGUCUAUGAACAGGGAGGGGAUUUGCAGUUUUUGGGGGUAUCUAGCUAUCUUCUUGGCCGGGCAGGACAUGGGGAUGGUGGUGCUGCCUAGGAGCCUGGGCUCUUCUUCAAAAGCUUCUGGAAAAGUGCUGCUGACGAAGAUGGGGAGCUGGGCGGCGGUUUGGAUGGGGAUGUACUUUUUGGCGACGGACUACAAGUACGGGGCUGGUUUGAGCGUGUCGAGGAGGUUGGCAAACUUGCCUUACACGCUGUGGGUUGUGGCGUUCAACCAGGGGCUGCUGUUUGCUUUUGCGGUGGUGGACGUGGUGUUUUUUCCGCAGUUUUACAGCGCGGGGGAUGCGAGGGCGGAGAAGGAGGCGUAUGAGACGGCCACGAGCAGGGUGCUGAAGGCGUACAACAGGAAUGGGCUGGCGGUGUUUUUGCUGGGGAACUUGCUUACGGGGUUGGUGAAUAUGACGGUGCCGACGCUUCAUGCGGGCGGGCUGGCGACCAUGGGAAUUUUGUUGGCGUAUAUGGGGACUGUGACGGGGGUGGCGGUGGGGUUGGAUGCGUGGGAUGUUACGAUCAAGUUGUAAGACAUAGUAGAGGAGGGGAGAAUUGUGUAUCAUAUCAGCAUGGGAUCUAAAAGUUGGAAAUCUGAGAAGUCUUUUUUGGCAUGCUGUAGCUGUUUUACCUGAUAUCACUUUGAGUAGCGUGAUGUUGUUCAUCUCUCUCCAUUAUCAGGGCC